GCUCUCUAUAAAAUAAAUAAAUGAACCAGUUAUGAGAACAGCCCUAUUUGUAUUGUGCAGUCAGUAUAACUAGUCUCUUAGUGAAUGAGAAGAUUGUAACUAUCUGCCCAGCUAACUCUACACAGUGCACUAUGGCAGUAAGUAGCGCUACUUAGCCAUGUUCAGAGCAGUCUCGGAGCAGGAGCUGUCUCCUUCUGCCAGCCCCGUGCAGUCCCCUCUCUAGUGCAACCCCACUCUUGACGCAGUCAUUCCCUCUAUCUCCGGUAGAGUAACCCGUCAUUCCGGUGGAUCUCUCUUUCUCUCUGAGAUCUCCUUGCUCUAUCCGGCAGUCACUUCGUCUCCGCUUUCCCUGGUGGGAGUCCCUUAAUCCGAGGUCUCUCCGGUGGGAGCUUCUCUGUCUCCGGUCCCUCUGAUGUCUGGGAAGGAUGCGGGCUGUGCUAGAGGAGCUCGGGAUCCGGGUGCUGCUGUUCGGGGUUUUUGUAUUCACUGAAUUCCUGGAUCCUUUUGAACGUGUUAUCCAACCAGAAGAGAUAUGGCUUUAUAAAAACCCACUGGUACAGUCAGACAAUAUACCCACGCGGAUGAUGUUUGCUAUUUCAUUUCUGACACCCCUUGCCGUGAUUUUUGUGGUGAAAAUAAUUCAGCGCACAAACAGAACAGAGGUUAAAGAAGCCUGUCUGGCUGUGUCCUUGGCAUUGGCUCUGAAUGGAGUGUGCACCAACACCAUCAAACUUAUAGUGGGAAGACCUCGUCCUGAUUUCUUUUACCGCUGCUUUCCUGACGGGGUUUCGAAUGAGGAGAUGCAUUGCACUGGAGAUGCUAGCCUGGUGUCAGAAGGCAGGAAGAGUUUCCCCAGCAUCCAUGCUUCCUUUGCCUUCUCAGGCCUGGGUUUCACAUCCUUCUACUUAGCGGGGAAGCUGCACUGCUUUACUGAGAUUGGACAAGGGAAGAGCUGGCGACUCUGUGCUGCGAUCCUUCCUCUGUACUGCGCAAUGAUGAUUGCUCUCUCCCGAAUGUGUGAUUAUAAACAUCACUGGCAAGAUGCCUUUGUCGGUGGUGUAAUUGGUCUGAUUUUAGCCUAUGUUUGCUAUCGGCAACACUACCCCUCACUCAUGCAUUCCUCUUGCCACCGUCCUUCAGUUUGCCUCCGUCAGGUCAACACACAGAAGAAAGAAGAGCCACCAGCCACAGAAAACACUGAAGGAUUGAUGCAAGAAGGCAUGACGGAGGGACCUGUAUGACCAGCAGUGGAUAUUAUCUGACUUGUAGCUUCAUCCGAAUUCAUUUAAGGGGGUUCCUGCACUAUGUGUAUGAAGCCACGCACAUUCUGUCUUUGUAACCAGGAGUACUGCAAUGAACUCAUUGACAGCUUCAACUCCGUGUGUUGUCCAGAGAGGAUAAACUCAAAUACUGACAUCGUGACUGCACUCAUUGAGUAGCAAAAUUCAUAUCACGCCUUCUCUCAGUGGAGUGUUUAUCUUCAUUUUCUUUCUUGGCAUGUUUUUUCCUACAGAUAUAUUUUUAAUGUUUACAAUUCAGGACUGUGAUAUUUUUUCAUCUCAUCACCCACAAUCUUGACUUUUUCUUAGUGAUGUCAUAAUGACACCAAUUAACCAACACAUCCACAUUGGUGGAAUGUUUGCAUCUUCCAUUAAGUCACAGUGCAGGAAUCGUUGCACCAACCAGUGUGAUACAUGUAUAUAGUAAAGGUCUUCAGAACUUUUACUUUCUUAAAACCCUGCUGGACCACAUUUAUAUUUUCAUACAUUCUCUGAGAGGUGCAAAUGACAUCAUGUUACUAACUGUAUACCACAGAUCGCUCCCUAUAUUUGGGGAGGGAGCACUGAUUUUUCCACGUCUCGAUGCCCAGCAGUUCUAGCUCCAUGUGUCUAUCCGUGGAACGUUAUAAUUUGACCUGCGUGACUGUUGAGCACUGAGCAGGAGAUACUGUAAUGUGCUUUGUGAAAAAAUGGCAUGCAUGUAGUAUGUUUUAUGUGAUCAGUGAUGUAGGUUUCUUUGAUAAAUGUACUGCUUUCCGCUGUCAGAAAAAUGGAUUUAAUGUCUCAUUACUCACUGAAUAUUCAUCUCACAUCUUGCGAGUGCGGAAAACUGAGUGUAUUGUUAUUAGGAAAACUGUUAGUGGCUUCUCUGACAUCCAGAAAUCUUUCCUUGCUUACAGCUGCAUGAUGCGAGCAACAUAUUUCAAGAUUCUAUUGCUGUGUUAAGUUGUCCUGUUGUCGUUUGUUCUUUUCAGAAUGCAGAAAAUGGCCACUAGGUUCUUACAAGUGGAUCUGUCAUCUCACAAGGAUCAUUAUCAGAUUUCUACAAAUAUUCCUUCCCAUUAAUUUCUUAUUACCCCUUGGUUUACAUUUUUGUAUCCUGGCAGCUUUAGAAAUGGGAGACAGAGCAAAAUGUAUAUUGGCUACGGACAGGUGAGCAAUUAAUGACUCAAGGUUUUUCACAUAAGGUAAAGCUGCGAUGAAGCCAAAUGACCUAUAACUAUAAACUCCAUUAUCAAAGCUCUCUCUCUCUCUCUGAAUAUAUAUAUAUAUAUAUCAAAAUAUUAGUAACAACUUUGUCAUGUUUCCCAAUAUACAACAUUGUGGUACAUGUAAGAGCCUAUUCUGGUAUUUGAUGGUAUAUAUAGAAUAUGCAUACUCUGAGCAUCUCCUCUUUAACCUUGUUGUAUUCGAGUUUUAA